AACAUGGCGGCGGAGCUGCAUCCGCGCAGCGGAAAGCUGAUCGGCCUGUCCAACUCCAACCGGACCGCCCGGCGCAACCAGCCAGUGCAGGAGUUCAACCACGGCCUGGUGCUGAGCAAAGAGCCGCUGCGGGACCGGGAUGUCUUCACCGUGCGCAUCGACAAGAAGGUGAACUCGUGGAGCGGUUCAAUAGAAAUUGGCGUGACAGCGUUGGACCCCGCGGGCCUGGAUUUCCCCAGCAGCGCCACGGGCCUUAAAGGGGGCUCCUGGAUCGUGUCGGGCUGCUCCGUGCUGCGAGACGGCCGCUCCGUGUUGGAGGAGUACGGCCGCGACCUUGACCAGCUAGCAGAGGGCGACCGCGUGGGCAUCCAGCGCAGCUCGCGCGGGGAGCUGCACCUCUGGGUGAAUGGGCAGGACUGCGGAGCCGCCGCCAGCGGCCUGCCGCACAAACUCUGGGCCGUGGUCGAUCUCUACGGCAAGUGCACUCAAGUGACGGUGGUCAGCUGUGAGCCGCCGCCGCCGGCCUCUGCAGAGAGGGAGAGAGAGACAAUAGAGCAGGACGAGGAGGAGGAGGAGGACGACGAGGAGGAGGAGGAAGAGGAGGAGGAAGAAGUCAUAGUACACGGAGGUCGGGAAGAUGGGGGGAUUGCAGCGCUGAUGAAUGUGGCAGCAAUGAAUGAAAUGAUGAAUGGCGUCGAAGUGCCUGACCUUAGCUGCAAUCACAGCAGACCCGACAAGUUCCCCAACAACCUUGAACCCGAGACCGUUCUGACGGAGCACCAGCUCUUCGACGUCUUCAACAAUGCAAUAGUAUCCUUUUAUCGCUCCGAGGAUGAGGGCGGAGGGGAAGACGGCGGAGGAGGAGGCGGCGGCGGCGUGGAAGGAGGAGGAGAAGGAGGAACUUUGGGAACUGAUUCCUCCCCCAGAAACGGCAGGGGGGGCAGCACUGGAGGAGGAGCAACAAACGGGGACAACGUCUCAGGAGAAGGAGGAGGAGGAGGAGAGGCAGUAGGAGGAGGAGGGGGUGGUACUGGUGGAGAUGGGGGGAAUUCAAACAGCCCCGCUGGGAACGGAGGGGUGGGACUGGGACCUGGGACAGGGGGCAUGACCACCAACGAUGCCCUGCUGUUCCACGAAAAGUGCGGCACGCUGAUCAAACUGAGCAACAACAACAAAACGGCGGAGCGACGAAGACCGCUGGACGAGUUCAACAACGGCGUCGUGAUGACAAACCGGCCGCUUCGACACAACGAAAUGUUUGAGAUCCGCAUCGAUAAGCUGGUUGACAAGUGGUCGGGCUCCAUCGAGAUCGGCGUGACCACACACAACCCCAACAACCUGGACUAUCCUGCAACAAUGACCAAUCUGCGCUCAGGUACAAUCAUGAUGAGUGGCUGUGGGAUACUAACAAACGGGAAAGGGACCCGCAGGGAAUACUGUGAAUUCAGCCUGGAUGAACUUCAGGAAGGGGAUCACAUCGGGUUAAUGCGAAAAGCCAGCGGUGCGCUCCACUUCUACAUCAACGGCAUCGAUCAAGGUGUAGCAGCGGCCCAGACCCCCGGCGUCGUCUACGGGGUAGUUGACCUCUACGGCAUGGCCGUCAAAGUCACCAUCGUCCACAACCACAACCACAGCGACCGCCUCAGACGUAACAACGCCAUCAUGAGGGCUCUGUCUCCCGACGUGGGCCGAUCCCGGCCCUCCCUCUCCAUCACUCCGGACAGCGAGGCCCCCGACCGCUUGCUCUUUCACCCCAACUGCGGUCAGAAGGCCGCCAUCAUUUGUGACGGCAGGACAGCGCUGCGGCCACACGCGACUGAUGACUUUAACCACGGCGUGGUCCUGAGCAGCCGGCCUCUGCGCUCCAACGAGGUAUUCCAGGUUCGCAUUGAUAAAAUGGUUGACAAGUGGGCUGGCUCCAUUGAAAUCGGUGUUACGACGCACAAUCCUGCCUUCCUGCAGCUUCCCUCCACCAUGACCAACUUGCGCUCAGGGACGUGGAUGAUGACGGGGAAUGGUGUGAUGCACAAUGGAACGACAAUACUGGAUGAGUAUGGACACAACCUGGAUCGCCUUAAAGCAGGCGACACGGUCGGGGUGGUGAGGAAAGAGGACUGCAGCCUCCACUUCUUUGUGAACGGUGUGGCGCAGGGCCCGGCGGCCUGGAACGUCCCCCCCAGCGUCUACGCCGUGGUCGACCUCUACGGUCAGGCGGCGCAAGCCACCAUCAUGGACGACAUGGACCUCCCGCCUCUUCCAGAGGACAGCUCGGACGGCCCCACGGCCAUGUCCCCGGGGAGCCCCUGCUCCGCGGCCGGGGCCGCCACCACCACCGACCUGCGUUUCCACCAGCUGCACGGCACCAACGCCGUCAUCACCAACGGGGGGCGCACCGCACUGCGACAGAACUGCCGGAGCGAGUUUAACGACGCCAUCGUCAUUUCCAACAGGUGCCUUCGGGAUGGGGAGCUGUUUGAAAUCGUCAUUCAGAAGAUGGUGGACCGCUGGUCAGGUUCAAUAGAAGCAGGAGUGACGGCCAUCAGACCAGAAGAGCUUGAGUUUCCAAACACUAUGACUGAUAUCGAUUAUGACACGUGGAUGCUGAGUGGCACCGCCAUCAUGCAGGACGGCAACACAAUGCGCAACAAUUACGGCUGUGACCUGGACUCUCUGACCACGGGCUCCCGGAUCGGCAUGAUGCGUUCGGCCAGCGGCGACCUGCACUAUUACAUCAACGGUGUGGAUCAGGGCGUGGCCUGCUCGGGCCUCCCACCAGAGGUGUUUGCUGUGAUCGACCUGUACGGCCAGUGUGUUCAGGUGUCCAUCACCAGCUCCUCCGGCCCGCUAGACAACAGCCUGUGUACCAGCAACAUCACCGAGAAGAGCUUCCCAAUCCACUCGCCAGUCGCUGGCGUUGCCCAUCGGCUCCACAACAAACACGGUAAAAACGUGGUGCUACUCGGCGAGGGCUGCCAGGCCGUCAGAGUCGGAGGUUACGCUCACGGCAUCGUAUUCAGCGGGAAGGAACUCCGAGCCGAUGAGUUGUUUGAGGUGAGGGUGGACGAGGUGGACGAGCAGUGGUGCGGUUCGCUGCACAUCGGCCUGACCACCAUGGCUCCUCCGGACCUGCCGUCCUGCCCGCUGUCGGGCCUCUCCCCCACACUCCCGCAGCUCCGCACCAAGGUCACCUGGCUGCUCUGCGGCGCCGAGGUCCGUCGCAACGGCGUCCUGCAGCGGCAGAACUACGGCUGCUCGCUGGACCGGCUCAUGGUUGGGAACCGCGUGGGUGUGAAAAGGUGCAACGAUGACACGAUGCACAUCUUCAUCGACGGGGAAGACAUGGGACCGGCCGCUACCGCGGUAGCCAAGAAUGUUUAUGCGGUUUUGGACCUGUACGGACGGAUAACUGCCGUCUCCAUCGUCAGCUCAUCGCUGAUGGAGGACACGGAGAGCCUGAAGGCUCCGUCGCUCUCCUCGGAGAGUUGCAGCGAAGGAGAAGAGGACGUCAGCCCCAUCAGAGAGGUUGAGAGCGAGCCGUGCGCUCUGGUGCCUACGACCAUGGCCUUCCUGGAGAACCAUGGGAAAAACAUCCAGCUGUCCAAUCAGAACCUGACAGCAGCCCGAGUGUCGAGCUACAACCAGGGUCUGCUGGUCACCGCCCAGCCGCUGGCUCGCCAGCAGCUGUUUCAGUUUCAGAUUGACCGUCUGAACCCGUCGUGGACGUCGUCGCUGUCGUUGGGGGUGAUCGGCCACUCCCCGGACCGGCUCAACUUCCCCUCAACAGCGUGCUGUCUGAAACGCUCGGCCUGGCUGCUGCAGCGAGACUCCGUCUUCCACAACUCCCUAAAAAUAUGUGAGAACUACGGUCCUAACCUUGAUACUUGCCCAGAGGGGACAGUGUUGGGUCUGCUGGUGGACGCCAACAGCUGUCUUCACCUCUACGUCAACGGCAUGGACCAGGGAGUGGCUGCGCAGGACAUCCCUUCCCCCUGCUACCUCUUCAUCGACCUCUACGGCCAGUGUGAACAGGUUACUAUAGUAACCAACAACGUGCCAGCUGUGGGUGCAGAGAGCGGUGAAACCCGCUGUCAGGGAGAUAUGGAAAAGGCAGACAUGGUUGACGGAAUCAAAGAGAGCGUGUGCUGGACACCCCCUCCAGAGGUCAACCCCAACAAGACCUGCGAGUACCAGGCGCUGUGCUCCCGCUUCAAGGACCUGCUCACGCUGCCCGAUGGCUACUUCAACGAAGAUGCAAAGUACAACCUGUGCUAUUGUGAGUCCUGUCACAAGCUCCGGGGCGACGAGGCGUAUUACAAGAGGGGAGAACCGCCCCGGGACUACGCCCUGCCCUUCGGAUGGUGCCGCUUCGCCCUCAGGAUCAAGUCCCACUGUGAGGUUUCUAAUGCACUAAAGAAAUGGCACAUUGCGUAUCACGGCACCAGCGUUGGAUCCCUGCGACGCACACUGGACCACAGUCAGCUCCUCCCCGGUACGUCGUCAAUCUUCUCCGUGUCUCCGGUGAAGGCCGAGGGGCCGAACGGCUACAGCGAGCCAGAAGAGAACAGCACCCCCGGGAGGGAGGUCCCCCGAGUGCGGCUCUCCCCCACCAUGCGCUACUCUGGGCUGGAGCUCUUUGCUCCCAAAGUGCAAUUUCAGGACCCCCGUUCUCACCGCUGUCACCAGGCUCAGGUGGGGUUCCAGGUGUGCGUGCGUCCAGGCUCCUACAAGGUGGGACCUCACUCGCUCGGCCACAGCGAGUCCCCGGACCCUCGGUUCAGCAACUCAGAGAUCGAGUGGAUCACGAAGGAGCAGGGCGGCACGCUGCUCUACGGACUGCUCGUUCGGGUGGAGUGAACGAAAGCAACACAGGAGGCAUAAGGGUGGACUAAGAAGGGCUCAUCCGGCACUUCUCAUACUUUAACGAAACUGAUAACCAAAUCCAACCCAUGCCUUGAGUGAAAGACUCCUCUGGAAUCCAGCUGGUCCUACUGUGGAUUGUUGACAAUUCAGCAUUUUUGUUUUUUUUGUUUUGGCUGUUUGCUCUUGGACUCUUUUAACGGCCAGGGGCAUCGGCAGUUUCAGCGAACACACACUGCCUGCACUUUAUGUUUGGACACUAGUGGGCGAUUUAAUCUUUUCAUUGACAUGACACAUUUGGUGAUGACAUGAAGGUUGUUUUUCUUUUUUUUUAUUAUUUUUAAAGCCACGUUUAGUUCUCAUUUUCCAAUCAACUUCCCUUCUUUCACCCUCUUUCUUAUUCUUUUUGGCACUUACUUUAAUUCUUACCACUUCUGGUCUCGUCAGUGUUUAUUUUCGUUUUUGGAAGAGGCUAUUUCUUACCAAUCUGCACGUUACCAAACUGAUAUUUAAAAGUUAUCGAAACGUGGUUUUAAGAAGAAAAAAAGAAAAAAAUUACGAGGGACAAUGUUCAGACGAUAUUUAAAAAAAGAAAAAAAAACAGACAUUUAAAUUUGAGAAUGAACUUUAGAGUGUAAUGUGACUGUGACUUGUUUUCAGGGGGAGAUUUUAAAAACUGGAGGGGGAAUGUUUACACAUGUACCACUGUAUGUCGCUGCCCACUUCAUGUCUACACAUCACCCGUCUGAAUCAUCACUUCAACUUGCUUUUCUUUUCCGUCUCAGCAUCCCUUAACUCAUUUUGUCAAAUAGAGAAAAAAACACUUUUAAAGCUUUAAACACGGGGGGUAAACUGGAGUGGAAAAUGAUACAGCACCUUUUAGGGAAUUUUGUAAUGCUGCCAGAUGAUGAUAGGCAAAUUUUACUUCAUCCACAUGUUCUAAUUCUUGCUCUGAAGAUUAAGCCACUCCUACAUUUAUACUUUAAAUCUGAAGCAAAGCUGCGCCGGCUGGUCGUCUACCCCUCACACAAACAGCUACCUUAGAGGAGAGAAGGACAGUAAAAACUGAUGCAGAAAAGUGACACCUAUGCCUUACUUUAACUGUUUUAAAUUAACAGUUUAUACAUUUAAAAGAAAGGAAAAAAAACUAGGGUUGAGAAAUAGGAAUGUGCAUAUUUAUGCCCUUUCCUCGUUUCUAUGGGAACCAUCUGGAUGCGUCUGGGGCGAUGGGACAGUGACGUGGUGGGAGCGCCGUAAACGGGUGAAACGCUUACUUAACUGACUCGUAAGUAACGAUUACGUCUGUCAGCCAACUAAAAUAUCACAUUAUUUGUUGAAACCCCACAUAAAGCUACCCCCAAAGAGAGUUAUUUAAGUAGUUAUUGGUAGUGGAAACGUUCCUGGUUGCCUAGCAACAUGGUGCAGUCUCGCGCCAAAGCGUCGUUGCUUUUGAGUGCAGGGCUUAAUGUUUCCUUCUCCCAUUUGAAGUAUUUUUAAAGGCAGGCGUUGGCUUUUCUCUUAGUAUUCCAGGGGCCAGAGCCCAAAAUGUAACUUGUCAGCACCACUCAAGGUGACAAAACUUAUGAUUUUUGAAAAGAUCCAUGUCUGUAGAUGA